AGCUCUAAAAUAUGAUUUUGUAAAGACACAGAUCAGAAUAACAUUAUCCAAAUCCACACCUUUUUUUUCUUCAAAAUUAUCUGUGAAUCAAACGGCACCCAUCAAUGAAAUUCUGAUUUAGUAAGAUCAAAUGGACAUGAAUCGCCGCAAAUCUUGAAGGAGUCCGUGCUGUUCGAGAAUCUUUUCAUUAAGCAACUGCGUUAAUGUCAAUGUCAUUUCCGAUCUCCACUUCGCAUUAAGAAGAUGGUUGUUUCCUUUUGCUAUCACUUAGCAUUGGGACCUUCCAUGGCUACAAAACCCUUUAUCACCAGGGCCGAGCAGCCCAUGGCUCCCGAUUUUUAUGCUGAUCGGUCAAUUUUCCAUCGUGGGUCGUCUUCUUUCUCUUCCUCUUCUGGCCGUCGCGAUCUUGUUUUCGUUGUUAAUCCCCGCGGUGCAAAUGGCAAGACGGUGAAGGAAUGGAAGAAGCUCGUUCCAUAUCUACGCACUCGCCUUGGUGAACAGUAUAAUAUAUGUGAAUCUUUGACGUCAGGUCCUUGCCAUGCUAUUGAUAUAACGAGGGAGGCAAUUCGGGAAGGUGCUGAUGCCGUGAUUGCUGUAGGAGGAGAUGGAACUUUUCAUGAGGUGGUUAAUGGCUUCUUUUGGGCUGGAAAACCCAUUGUAAAUAAUGAUGGAGAAGCUCGUAAAUCAACAGCACUCGGUAUUAUUCCCUUAGGGACAGGUUCAGAUUUUGCAAGAACAUUUGGUUGGAAUAACAAUCCUUUUGAAGCUGUGGACCGUAUAGCUAAAGGGUUGAGGUCCCGAAUUGAUGUUGGAGUUGUCAAUGAAGAAAAUGGAGGGUAUCAUUACUUUGCAAAUGUUGCAGACAUUCAUUUGAGUGCCAAGGCUGGUUUUUAUGCUUCAAGAUACAAGAAAUUUGGAAACUUAUGCUAUGUGAUUGGUGCUUUGCAAGGCUUUAUGGGACACCAAAAUAGAGAUUUUAAGAUUAAGGUGGAUGACGGUGAAUGGGAGCUGUAUCCACAAGUAACUGCCCUAUGCAUUGGAAAUGCUAAAUACUUCGGCGGUGGUAUGAAAAUUGUGCCGAAUGCCGAUCCUUGCAACGGGAAUCUAGAGGUAGUAAUUCUUCAGGAUUUCAAGUGGUACGACUUUAUUCUGAAUUUACAUAAAAUCUACAAUGGGACACAUUUGACAGUGAAAAACGUAACAUCAAGAAGCGUCCGUUCAAUUGAAGUGGAAGAAGUUUCGAGCAGCGGCAGCAUUUAUGUUCAAUCUGAUGGAGAACACUUGGGGUUUCUUCCAAGGAAAUUCCAUAUUCUACCAGCUGCCAUUGAAAUGAUCUGCUGAAUAUGAGCUUCCUUUCGCAGAGAGAGGAAACAAUAAGCAAAAGCUUCAUAGCCAUUGCAGCCUUUUUCUCAGGUGGAUUGCUCUCUCAAAUUUGAGUGGACAAAGUAGGUUGUAGUUUUGCUUUUGAUCUAUUAGCUACAGUUCCUUUUUGUACCAAAUCCAUUUUCUUGUUUUGUUGCUGUUGUAAAUGUAACUGGCAUUUUGCAUUUCAUUCCACUUUUUUAAAAAAGAUUUUACAUCUAAUGAAAAACCUUCUGUACAAGUUUCAAUUGGAUUCAUAUAAUUUUGUUA